UGACCUGCUGAUGUUGAUGUCAUGACCUUCUGCAUGUAUCUCUCUCUCUCUCUCUCUCUCACACACACACACACACACACACACACACAUGGAAUUAUCCUGGGAAAUUGAGGAAUAUUUUUAAUUAAUUUGAUGGCAAUGGCUAUGUUCCACAAAACAUUAAUGCUAUAUUUGGUUGGUCAGUAUUUUUUUUUUUAAAUUUUGAUUUAUAUGCCACCCUUCUCCAGAGACUCAGGCAGGUAUUUGAGGCAGGGAUGAGAACAUGGGCCUUAUUCAAAUGUUAACUUUCAGCAUGAAAAUUGCUUUGUAAAUUAGAGCAGAUUAGUAUUGUAAACACGUUUAUAGUAUUUGAAAACCUUUUCUUCUCUCUGUGUGUGGGUGUGUAUGUGUACAUAUAUGUGUGUGUGAACACUUUCUAGAUACUUGUUACCUCAGUGAUGUGCUGCCCAAAACAGCAUGUAAAAUUCUUCAGGAAAUAUAGCCAGUUGUACCAGGACUCUUUUGGUACUUACAGUUGUGUUUAGGUGCAGUUAAUUUUAUCUUCUGUGUAUAUACCCAGGAUGUUUCUCCUUAGACUAAUUUAUUGCAUCUGCAUUUAGCUUCCUAGGAAGAGAUGUGAUAGACCAUUUCUCCAUCUCUGGCAAAGUGUAUUUGAACUGUAGCCAGCAUCUUAGUUAACCUUGGUUGAACUCAGAAAUUAAGCAGAGUUAGUACUUGAAGAGGGGGUACAAUUUAAAAUCCCAAUUACAUUGUCAUUGCCUGGAGGACAAUGACAAAUAAUUUCUUUAAUGCUACCAAGAAAACUACUGAUGUGUCAUCUGGAUAAAAUUUAUGGUUCGCAUUUUUGCCUCCUGUCCCCCAUUAUUUCUGCCCAUCUCACCAGGUCUAGUAGGGAAGGCCAUGCUCUGGCUCCCUUCCUUCAAACAAUGGCAUCCUGAUGGCCCCAACCAUGUUAGUCUUUUGUAUAACUCUGAAGACCUGGCUGUUACCUCUGGCAUUUGGGCCAGGAGCCAGGCAAACUCUACUGGUGAUGUAUUUGGUUCCUGCUGAUUUAACCUUAGGUUUCAUUGUUUGUAUCUUUUUGUUUUGGUUUUUAAUCCUUGUACCCUUCUCCCAUAGUCAUUGGUGGUGGUGGUGGAUGGUUAUGUAAAUCAUUUAAACAAAUCUAUUUAAAUAAGGGAGCGAUGGCUCAGUGGUUAAGACGCUGGGUUUGUUGGCUGGAAAGUUCGACAAGGUUCAAGACCUGACCACCACUCAACGGGAUGAACUCCUGUUACUCGCCCCAGCUCCUGCCCACCUAGCAGUUUGAAAGCAUGCAAAUAACAAGUUGAAGUCAUCGCAAAAAGAUAAAGUUCGGCAGUUUAUGAUCUUCACGCAAUCCAGUGAAAAAACAGCCGUGAAUUGCCUGUCUCAGAAUGACUGGAAGCUAGAUGUUGCAACAGAUAAUUUUUUUCAAAAUCCUGAACUGUAUAUACGAGAAAACAUUAAGGGAUCACUGGAUCGAAAGAAAUUAGAGCAACUAUAUAAUAGAUACAAAGAUCCUCAAGAUGAGAAUAAAAUCGGCAUAGAUGGCAUACAGCAGUUUUGCGAUGACUUGGCACUAGACCCCGCCAGCAUUAGUGUCUUGAUAAUUGCCUGGAAGUUCAGAGCUGCAACGCAGUGCGAAUUCUUAAGGAUGGAAUUCAUGGAUGGGAUGACGGAACUCGGAUGUGACAGCAUAGAAAAACUAAAGGCCCAGCUUCCUAAAAUGGAACAAGAAUUGAAAGAGCCAGGAAGAUUUAAGGACUUUUACCAGUUUACUUUCAACUUUGCAAAGAAUCCAGGACAGAAAGGUUUAGAUUUAGAAAUGGCCAUUGCCUAUUGGAAUUUAGUACUCCAUGGAAGGUUUAAAUUCCUAGACUUGUGGAACAGAUUUUUAUUGGAACAUCAUAAAAGAUCUAUACCGAAGGACACUUGGAACCUUCUUCUAGACUUCAGUGCAAUGAUAGCAGACGAUAUGUCAAAUUAUGACGAGGAAGGCGCCUGGCCUGUUCUUAUCGACGACUUUGUGGAAUUUGCACGACCUCAGAUUGCUGGAAUCAAAAGUACGACAGUGUAGUGCUAUCGGAACCUUCUAACCUGUACCUAGUCUGUACAAAUAAACAUAAUGGGGAAAAAAAAUUGCAGUCCCUUUCUGCCAAUGACUGAACUGGACCGAAGACCAAUCCUCAAGAGAUAAGAGCUGAGGGUGGCUGCAAACUUGUAAGGAUUAUACCUUGGACCAUAUCAGACUACAGGUGGCUUGGCCUUCUCUCCCAGCCUGGGCUGCCCUAACCCCACGGAAACUCCAGCAUUGUGGAUAUAUCAUCUUGUCCCUCCCCUCCUUUUUUUAACGGAACCUCCUAAUGCUUUCCAUAGAUCUUUCAUGUUUUUUGGAUGACUCUUUUUGACAUUUCCGGUUUCCACACCUAAAGUACGUUCUGUUUUUUUUUUCCACCAAGCAAACUCUUUGGUAUUCCCGUUUCACAGCUCGCUCUCACAAUCCACGUGUCCUAAUUCUAAAAAAGCCGACAGGAAAAAAAACACAAAAUUAUCUUCAGCUAACAUAUUUUGGGGCUAUCUGCAACGACUGUGCUGAGACUAUCCUAAAACAGUGUGUUUGGAUCCAUGAUUAUUAUUAUUAUUAUUAUUAUUAUUAUUGUUUUUUCAAAUGGUCGAUUUACAGCUGUUGUCAGUGUGAGUGGCAAGGGCUUGUUGUUGUUGUUGUUGUUUGCUUGUGCGGUUGAAAGCAGAUGUCGAAAAGACCCAGCAAAAACCUGGAUUUUUGUCCCACUCUGGAACAGGCUUGCCAGCUGCAUCGGUGCGUUGCCACCUCUAGGUCGGCGAAUGACUUUGCGGUGUCCUUUGAUGUCAGACAUAUUGGGUGCCUCAUGCCGACGGAGGAAGCUUCCUUUAGCAUCCUGCUUUUGCUGAUGGGUGGUUUUUUCUUGCUGAUGAGCACAACAGUCCUUUGGCCACCUUGUUUCUGUGCCAUAUUGUGUGUGCAGCAUCAAAAGAAAGGAGGAUGAUACUGGAGUCUGACCACUGGUAAUGUUCCUGCUAACUUAAUUGGGUCGCACUGUUUCUCAGGCAGGUGUGGGCAGCUUCUUCUGGGAAUUGGGUCAUUAUCCCGUAUUCCCAAAGGGAGAGAAACCCGUCCACAUUUGAUCACAUAACUGCUAUUUCUGUCUCUUCUAUUAUUAUUUUUUUACGGAGUGGUUGAAAUUAGAGUAUUAUUGAGCCUGGCUGUUCUUAAGUUUUAAUAGGUGAGGCUUUGCCCAGUAAGGACCAGUGGGCACUCUACUGUGGGAAUAAGAAAUUGCUCACCGUUACUCUUAGACUUACCUAAUCUUAUUAGUCUUGAAAUACCAUCAGUUACCCAGUCUUAUUAGUCGUUCAUUAAUUGUCCAAUUUUAUCAGCCUUGAAAUACUCAUUUUCUCUUCAAGGAACUAUCUCCUUUCCCCCCCAGCCACUAAGUUCUACUGAAUUGUUAAGACUUGAAUGCAAUACUCAACUUGUAAUACUUGCUACAUUUUAUAAAACUCUUGAUUUGAGCCCAGGAAGGUUUUGCAAAAUAACCAUGAAUGUAAUGCAAAUUUAUUCGAGGCUGAGUAGCACAAGCCAAACCCACGCGAGUGUGAGUAGGACUACCACCAGGGAGCCUUCUUCGCCUGUGGUGGGUUCUUAUUUUACAACUGCAGUUCACUGUGAUCGUCACGCAGAGACAUCCCAGCGCCCAGAACAAGCUUUUUCUGUGGGCCUAUGCAAACCUCACCAACCUGAUGCCUGCGGAUAUUUAGACUUUCAGAUUUGACACGGGGAGUAGAUGGUUUGCAAGUCUGAAAGCCUCCAGAUGAGGGAAGGGUGUUAGAUAGCAACUGCACGAAGAGGAAACCUCCCCCCCCCACACUUUGCAUUGACCACAAUGGGGUCUGUAUGUGGAGUAAUUAUUCACUAACUGCAGUUCCCGCUUAAUCGCAGGGCCGCCUCUGUUUGGGCCAUCCAUCUUUUCCAUGCCACUCCAAAUUCUAUCCGACGUAAUCCAGCCAAAUAGGUUCAGCCCUUUCAAUAGAAGAAAGAGAAUCCUUUUUACUUGAUUCUGUCAUUGUCUGCAGCGGAGAGUAGCUAUGUACUUUAACGUGGCUGGAUCAUAACAGACUAACAGAUGUAAUGUUUUUAGUGGUAAAGGGGGGGGAAUCAAGAUUGUCCUUUUGGGUACCAGCAAAGGGGAUGGGGGCAGGUGACAUCAUGUGCGAUGCCCUUAUCAUGUCAAUGCUGCAGCUUGCAUCAGACACGCAUGUAAGUGUAGCAUUGGCAUGAAAGCAUCAUGACACACAUGUCAUUGAGUGGCCAUCGCAAGUGGCUGCAGAUUCCAUUAAAUGCCCGAGAGGCUUGUGUGUUCCUUUCCCACCUACCUACCUACCUACAUUCCCCUCUUCUCUUUUCCAGCAUAAAGCAUAUUUAGCUUUGAAUUUCACUGAAGGUCGAUGCUAAUGCUAGUUAGUUGAAAACCAGAACAUGUACUUUAGGUCAGGAACUAGCUAGAGUCUGCAGAUUGCAAUUAUUGCAAAAUUCAUCGUUCUGAAACGUGCUGAAAUGGAAAGGAUUUACCCAGGUGAGAAAGGUAGAGGGACAUCCAGCAUUUUCAGGUUUUUCAAUCAUGAUGAAAGAUUGAAAAUGCUACACCCACUGUGGUCCAGGUAUGUUUUGGCUUGCCACUAUUUUUUUUGUCCAACUGUAGACAUUUUUUUUUUAACUUGACACUUGUGGUUUUUAAUUCUUUGUGUUUUUAUAUGAUAGCAGCACUUGAAAUACCUCCUGGCUUUUAAUCGUUUUAACACCACUUUGCCCUUUUCUUAAACAAAAACAUAAUCGUUCAAUAGAACAACAUUGGAAACAUGGAUUCGAGGUAUUUAAAACUCCUUUGUAAUAUUUAAGAAUGAGAAGGGCAAGUUUGAUAUAGUUUAUGAUGUUUUCUUGCUAAUGUCUCUUGUAUCCAUGUCAUUAAAAUGCACUUUUACGCAGAUGCUAAAAUAAUAGGAGGAAAAAUCUUAAUUGCUUGAUUUAUUUUUUUAAAAAAAAACACCCAACAACUCUUGUCAGGAUCCUACAGCCACUCCCUCGGUAACCUUUUGGAAAAGUUUAAGGAAACCAUUGAAUAAAAUUGGAAAUCUUUUAGCUGCUGGAAUUGGCAAAGUCAAGUAUGUUAUUUACUCUUUGUUUCUUCUCUUGUGUAAAUAUGAGCGAAGACUUGAAUUAUGAAAACUCUACAAAGGGUGCGUGUGCUGUUUUUCUGUCUUAAAAUUUGGGUACAGCUUUCUCAGAAUGAGUCAUUGAUGUAUGCUGUGUAUUUUUUGUGUUUUAGUGUGUGUGUGUGUGUGUGUGUGUGUGUUGUUUUUUUUUUAAUCUUAACGAGAUGUACUGAAUUCUAUCCCUGUGCUGAAGAUUAGGGCAUAGAUGCCAUGCUGUUCUUGUUUUUUUAAGAUGAUUCCUUUUGCAAUGUUGAGGCCUUUUCAACAAAAUGGAAUUUGCCAUCAGUUUGGUACUACACAAUUUAUAAUUACUGUGUAAUUAUAAAACUGCAUUACAUAAAGCAUUGCUGUCUUAAGUAGCAGAAAAACUGAGGUUGUUUGUGUGAUAAGCAUUCUUGAAUUUUAAAAAGUGAUUUUAAAUCCAGAGGCAAAAAUUGGUCACCUGCUUUUCAGUGGGACGUGUACUGUCAAAGUGGUGCUAGGGUUUGACUGUGUUUAAUGGCAGAAAUAUUGGGCUUAAUUAUUUGUUUCUGAAUGUAAAAUGCCUGGCUCUAGCAAAGACUAAAAAUGUUCAGACAUAUCCCCAUGUAUGUGUGCAUGAUUUUUUUUUAAGUUUUAAAAAUGUAAACUGAAUUUCUACUUGGGUUGAUUUAAUUAAUAAAAACAACCCAUGUGUGCAUCCAGCGGUAACUUGACCCUUCCUAAUCAUUUUCCUUUUGCCAAAUACCAGACAAGCAGUAAAUGCUUAACCUUAUCUACUUUUGGAGUUUUAUUGUUGUAUGUAAGCCUAGAUCUUCUCAGCCAUGCAGAUCACUUGGUAAUUUUAUUUCAGUUAUGUGAUCAACAUUUUUCUGUCAUUUGAAUUGUAACUACUGAGAAAAAGUACUUUCUGCAACCCAGAGUCAAUAAAAUAACUAGCCCGAUUGUCAUGGCAAAACUUUCACAUGAAUUAUGCCAUUGGAGAAGAAGCAAAAAUGACUUUGUUUCUUGAUUAGUUUUAUUUUUUUUUUUAAAAAAAAAAAUCAUGGUGGUGAGAAGAAGAAGAGAAUGUUGCAAAUUAACAUUGUGCUUGCCAUAUAAAACACAGAUUGUGGUUGCCCAAACUGGAGGGGUUUUUUUUCCCAAACAUGGUUUGAAGUUUCUAAUUUGUGGGGUGAGGGGGAAAAAAAAGUGGUACCUUGAUGUUUUCUUUGGUUGGUCCAAAGCUAUGAAUUGUGAACCUGCUAAAUAAAGUAACUUAUUUCUUCAAAACUA